UCUCGUCGGUUGCAGAAGCUAAAAGAUGGCGAGCUCUCUACUACGUAGUUACAACCUCGCUCGUUCAGAUCGAUCAGCUUUUGUUCAUUGGAGGAGAUUGCUUUCUUCCGACUCCUUGGUGGAGUUCAAGCCAGCGGAGAUCGGGAUAGUCUCCGGUAUCCCCGAAAACCACCUCCGUCGUCGGAUUAUUAUCUACUCACCUGCUAGAACCGCCACGCAGCAAGGCUCUGGGAAAGUUGGGAAAUGGAAGAUUAAUUUUCUCUCCACACACAAGUGGGAAAACCCCCUGAUGGGAUGGACGUCCACAGGAGACCCAUAUGCCAAUGUCGGUGAUGCAGCCCUUAGUUUUGAUAGUGCAGAAGCUGCAAUGGCAUUUGCUGAAAAGCACGGUUGGCAAUACGAGGUUAAGAAGCGCCAAACACCAAUUCUCAAGCCAAAGUCAUAUGCGGACAACUUCAAAUGGAAAGGACCUCCAAAAACUGAGGAAAUUUAGUUUCAAACUCCAAGCGAAGGAAGGUGUUGUCUUAGCCAUGGAUGAAAAAAUCAAUGAAUUUGGGAAUGUCUAGAAAUUGUUCAUAUGGAGACUGAAAAAUCAACUUAGAAGAAUGGUAGUUUAUUUAAAACUUUUAUAGUAUUAUCUAAUUGUUCUAUUUUUGAAAAUUUUAUUGGAUGUUUGUAGUAUGUUGUAUUUACCAAGCUCAGUGGUAAUUCACAUAUAUUUCUAAUCAAGAGGUUGUCUAUUUCCAUA